AUGAUCAACGCGGUGCUUGUGUUCAACAACUCGGGACAACCCCGCCUGACCAAAUUCUACACACAGCUGGAAACAUCAGUCCAACAACGACUCAUCUCCGAAAUCUUCCUCCUCGUCAACGCGCGUGCCCCCGGAUCUUGCAAUUUCCUUCCCCUCCCUCCACUCCUGACCCCCACCACCGCUCCCUCAUCCUCCAACGACGUUCCCAGCCUUGUAACCUACCGGCACUACGCAACGCUUUUCUUCAUCAUCAUCUCCACAUCCACAGAAUCACCUCUCGCUCUAAUAGACUUGAUACAAGUGUAUGUGGAGGCCCUAGAUCGCCUGUUUGAGAAUGUGUGCGAGUUGGAUCUGAUCUUCAAUUUCGAGACUCUGCAUGCGGUUCUCGCGGAGAUGGUGGUAGGGGGCGUGGUGAUUGAGACGGGUUUGGAGAAGGUGGUUGAGGGGGUUAGGGCACAGGGAAAGGUGGCGAAGAGGCCGGUUAAUGAGGGGAUGGGUGGAAGGGGGGCGAUGGGAUCGAUGGGUGGGAAUUUUGGAUGGGCUGCUCGGUGA